AUGAGCAGUUCAAGAGGAAGCUCGAGCUGGAACUCCGAGAUUAAUGGUGCUCCAAUGGAGAUGACCUGCAGGUGUGGAGAUAAACAAAAGUUUGGUUUUUGCGGUCUUUUUAUAUGGUAUGAUCCGGAAAUUUGCGCAAGAGCAAAGAAUAUUAUACCCGGUUUGCUGGAAAAAUCAAAUAAACAUCAAUAUCAAAUUGAGCAAUACAAGUUGAGGAAUGCUGAAAUGGAAGCUCAACUCUUGGUAGCAAUGAAAAAAGUGGAUGACAUGAACAAUGCAUUGGUUGAAAUUGAGCAAUACAAGUUGAAAAAUUUUGAAUUGGAAGCUCAGCUGUUGGUGGCAAUGAACAAUGUGGAUGACAUGAACAAUGCAUUGGUUGUGUGCAAGAAUAAGAUCAAAAAAUUAUAGGCUGCUACCAUUCUUCUCUCAUUGUUAUUCCUUGUCAAAUUAUGUUCUAACUAGAUUUAGAUAGUUAUGGUUGGUGUAAUUUGAAGUAUUGUUAUUAUGUAAUGCUUUAUUUAUGCAAUUCCUGUACCAUUUUCAAUAUGAAUAUUGUUAUGCAAU